AUGAGACUCGUAUACCUUAUAGCACUCAUCCACUCGGUGGCGGCACUCAACAUCUUGCUCACAGCCACAGACUCGUGGGUCUCCAAGAACAUCCGUCAUUUGUACACUUUUCUCGUCAACGAGGGUCACACCGUGGUCCUCGUGGCUCCUUUGUACAACAAUGCGUACAGACUUGCUCACCAAGCACCACAUUCCACAUCUUCUACAACCACGUCUCAGACUCUCCACGACGAAUCCACUGCAGACAUUGUUGAUGGAGGUGAAUUUGGCCAUUUACUCCCAGUGCACCAGACCUACUACAAGAACAUCUUGCGUAUCAACAGCAUACCGAAGAGAGCAAAAAACGCCAUUCACAAGAAGGAACUUGACGAAUUCGAACAGAAGAUUGUAACCAAGUUUAACAACACCAGACAAAUGGGGCAUGAUCCGCUUGAUGCUAACAUUUGGUACGUGAACUCCACUCCUCUCAACAGUUUAAGAGUUGCAUUUGACGUGAUCUUACCUGAAUUCCACAACAAUUUUGUUCCAGAUGUCGUAAUCGUUGGACCAAACGAAGGUUCGAGUUUGACAACUUCACCCGAACACACAGGCAACACAAACUUGGAAGCCUUGUCAAUGCUCCAGGCUUCUUUAACGAAAAAUAUCACCACUGUCGGUAUUUCUUCUGAAGACUACCACCAGAUCUAUUUCCAGGACGAGAAGUACUUCAAGAUCCAGGCUCCUAAUAUGUUGAAGCAAAAUGUUUUUGGAAAGAACAUCAACUUCAUCAACCGCAAGAUCAGCCAGUUGUUGCAAGGGUUGGAUCUCUCCAAGCCUGUUGCGGUUAAUGUCAACUUCCCUUCCAUGAACCACGAAAGUUCACGUUGCAUCACCUCUAGUGUAGGUACCCACGGAUUCUCAAGAGUGCACAAUGUCACCGCCAUCUCUCCAGCUCCUAUAGUCCAGAAGUUCGAGUUGUAUGACAACAUGGUGUCUUUGGCCAAGAUGGAAACUGUGGAAGUAGAACUGGAAUCGUCCACUUUCCAGGAUAAGAGGUCCAACUACUACAAGCACAAGAGCUAUACCCUCGACAGAGACUCUCUUCUUGGAGCUGAGUCUCUCGCUGACAUCAUCUCCUUCUCUUCUGCCGCUGAGCAUGAGGAAUUGUCCAUCUUGCACAACUGUGGCAUUUCUGUCAAUGUCAUGGCCUUGGCUGAGAACUUAGAUCACUCUGAAACAAUUGUGUUUAAGAGAAUUCGUCGCAGCACUGGAGCUGGUCUCCGUGUUUAGAAAAACCACUGGCUGGUUGAUUGCAUUAAAUGUUUAUAGACUUCAUUUCAGUACAUAUGCUAAUCUUAAUAGACCAAAUUACUUG